UGGAGAAACUAAGGCCUAUAACUUAAGCAAUAUGACCAUUAAUGAAUUAUUUCAUUCUAGAGUAGUCAUUUACUAGGUGUAACUCUGUCCCAUGAUCUAGGAAAAUAGAGCUGAAAGAUGUAACCCUUUCCUCUAGGAUGGGAUAGACAUUUGAACAAAUAACUGUAUAUAGCAAGUGAAGUUUUAGGACAGAGGAAUGAUGAAGGUGUUUAAUUGAUAUUUGGGGAAGAUCAGUGAGAAAUUCAGAGAGAAAGAGAUGGACUCUCCUUUGCCUUGCUGCCUUGCACCCCGACUUCUCUGCACAUAGAUCUGUAAUCUCCUUUCCAUGCGAAAGCACAUCUUAUCACACGAGCGACCUGCGACCUGACUACUUGGAAGUAUAAAGGUUACCAGCUGUGUAAAUGAGUAUGGAAGAUUAUGAUUUCCUGUUUAAAAUUGUUUUAAUUGGCAAUGCCGGUGUGGGGAAGACGUGCCUAGUCCGACGAUUCACUCAGGGUCUUUUCCCCCCAGGUCAAGGAGCCACAAUUGGAGUGGAUUUUAUGAUUAAGACCGUGGAGAUUAAUGGUGAAAAAGUAAAGCUUCAGAUCUGGGACACAGCAGGUCAAGAGAGAUUUCGGUCCAUUACUCAGAGUUAUUACCGAAGCGCCAAUGCCUUGAUCCUCACCUAUGACAUAACCUGCGAGGAAUCCUUCCGUUGCCUUCCUGAGUGGCUGCGGGAAAUAGAACAAUAUGCCAGCAACAAGGUCAUCACUGUGCUAGUGGGCAACAAGAUUGAUCUGGCUGAAAGGAGAGAGGUCUCCCAGCAGAGAGCUGAAGAAUUCUCAGAAGCUCAGGACAUGUAUUAUCUGGAGACCUCAGCCAAGGAAUCGGAUAACGUGGAGAAACUCUUCCUUGACUUGGCGUGUCGCCUCAUCAGGGAAGCCAGGCAGAACACACUUGUGAACAGUGUAUCAUCACCCUUACCUGGAGAAGGAAAAAGCAUCAGCUAUUUGACUUGUUGUAACUUCAACUAAAGGCCAAGGCAAGGAGAAGCAAGAAGAAUCAUCAGCUGUCCCAAUGGGCCACAAAUUGCUGGGGAGAUCUGGCGACGAUGAUGGCUCCCGCUCUCAGACCUUCUGACUCCUGAGUUUACAAGCAUGGCAGGCCAAGGGCCUAGUCCACAGGCCGGGAUUAGCAGAACAUAUAAUGGUUUCAUCCUUUUGCAGUCUGGAGUCAGAGCAAGGAGAUGAUUGCACUAGGCACUCCAUGACCUGCAGAGCAUGUUGCUUUUGUUUUUUAAAAAAAGCAAGCAAAAGCGCAUUCCUGAACACAGUCCAGGGGAAUCCCUCCUGCACACCAGUGGGUGCGUGUGGGGGCUGCUCUUUAGGGCUUCUGGGGACCUCGGUUUUCUUGUCCACCAGAGAAACCAAAACUGGGAAGGCCAAGUACUGUCUCUGUGGUGCGUGUCGAUGACCCCAUGGAGAUUUUGAAGUGUUAUUUCUCUUGUCUACAGGCACUUUCAAGAACUUUGGGAUGUAAAGAUGAAAAAAACCUUUACCCAUGACCAAGAGUUAACAUUUAUUGUUUUAAUGAUAUAUACAAGCUCAUGACUCCUUUUGGUGCUAAUGAUUCCGCUAUUUCACAGACCAAAUGUUUUAGUACAUUGAUGUCCUUAAGUGUAUUUCAUAGAAAUAAAAAAAAAAAAAUGAAGGGAAGUCCAUGAAUCGGCACUCUUUCUCAAAGUCUUGUUAUACCUUUUCUAGGGUAGAUUUGUUGGAAAAGAGAAUACUUUCCUUUCAUGUUCCCCUCUAAAUCUUACCAUUUUCUUCUAUUUUCUCAUCUUUCCUGCCCUUUGAGUAAAUGGAAAAAUUUGAAAAAUGAAAAAUAAGAAUGGUUGAUAUAAUAUUCUGAUAUAAAAGAUUAGCUCGAAGACUCUGAGUACGUGUGAGGAAACAGACCAGAUCUGACCAAAAUACUGUGGAUUCAUGGACUGCAGUGCAGAGCUCCACGCAGAGCACAACCCUUGAGCGGGUCACAUCUUUCUCUCUCUGGUACUAUCUUUCUUGGACAGACCAAGGCCUGGGGUUUUGUAGGUUUUUAGUAUAAGUGAAAACAGCAACAGAUGAAAACGCUCAUGAACCAUUUUUGUAUCUUCAAUGAUAACCUUAGAAAAUUUCUGCUGCGGAAGCAGGUUCAAUGGUCAUUUGUCACCUCCUUUGUGUCGGAAUGUCACCUUCAGGCCAUACCUUCUUUCUUGUUUCUUUUCUCUUUUCCUCUCUGUCUUUUCUGGUCUCUCCCUUCUUCUCUUCUUUCCUCCUUCCCUCUUCCCAACUCCCUCCUUUCCUUAUAUGCAUGUGUUACUGAAAAUCUCCAAUUCAAAUGGAGGUGUAUAUGCCUUUACUUAGCCAAUUUUAAACCAGGAUUCAAAAAUGGAAGACAUGCUGCUGAAUAUGUAUUAUGUCUUCAGUGCCAUACUUUGAUACCUUCCAAUUUGUUCACUGAUAUAAAUGCAAAUUGGGAAAAUAAUUAAACCUGUAUGUUGUUGAUGCUGUCAGAUGUUAUGUAGCUUGCUGCUUAGCAUAACUGAGGGAUGAGUAAUGGGAUAAGGAUAUAAUAUACAAUUAAACUGUUUCUGUAGAUGGUGGCAAUCUCGGUCCUGAUAGGUUGAUGUUUGAAAGCUAAUUUUAAAGAAACGAGUCAUGUAGAGACGGUAUUGAUAAAGCAUUUUUAGUAUUCUCUAGCCUGUUUCAGAGUGACCCACCUCUUGCACAUGGGAACUAUACAGUAUUCUUUAAGGGACUUGGACUGGUUGGCCCCACUGUGUUUGUGCUGAUUGUAUGGGUAAGAGAGAUCCCAGAAGUUUGGAUUGUUUUUAUUUUAGAAUUUCUCUCUACAAGAAAGAAAAACCAUUUUAAUAAACACCAACCAAAAUAAUUUAUAACUGUUGCC